AUGCUGGAGCAGCAAAGUGCAGUCCCGGUCCCGAAAGUCGAUCUCCAAAGAAAUUUCAUCGUCAUCGUCCAGCAACAUAUCUCCCGCCAUCAACAAACCUCACGACAGCCUCCGAUUCUCGAAGACACCCGAUCGAACCUUCCCAACCACAAACCACAAUGGACGCCAUCCUUCACCAGCCUUACCAAGACCGAGGAGGCUCAGCUCCAGCAGAGACUGCAGAAGCGCCAGGUCAAGGAGUUUAUGAACCUCUUCGGCAACCUCGUCGACCACUGCUUCGUCUCCUGCAUCGACGACUUCACCUCAAAGUCCCUCUCUUCCCGCGAGACCGGCUGCAUCUCCCGCUGCGUCCAGAAGCAGAUGUUCUCCCAGCAGCGCCUGAGCGAGCGCUUCCAGGAGCACAACGCCCAGAUGACGGCCCAGAUGCAGCAGAACCAGUAA